AUGGCCUACAACGUCAAUAUCUAUGGAGAUGAUCUUACCAUUUGCUCGACAGAUCCUAUGACUGGAUGGACAAGAGACGGAACCUGUAAACUUUACCAGGGAGAUUAUGGAACACACACGACCUGCUCAAUUGUGACAACAGAGUUUUUGGAAUUCUCUAAGUCAAAGGGAAACAACCUCAUGGACCCAACAUCGUGGGGAUUCCCUGGUUUGAAAGAGGGUGACCGCUGGUGCCUCUGCGCUUUUCGAUGGAAUCAGGCGUACGAAGCCUAUAGAAAAGGAGAAAUCUCUAUCAACGGCGUGCCCAAACUUCUCGGCACGGCAACACAUGAGAAAACUGCCGAACUCGUUACCGGUGGAAUGGACACAAUUCAGCAAUUCAUUUAUCAACAAGACUGA